AUGUCCAAACGCAUCAGCACCUUCUUCCAACCUCUUCCGUCUAAGAAACUCAAACCGGAUGCAACUACGACAGCACAAUCAUCAUCAUCAUCAACAACAACAGUCCCACCAAAACCGUCCACCUACACCCAUCACCCAAGUUAUCCCAUCCCAAUCCGCGACCCGCCCAGCACCAUCGCCACGCCUCUCCUCUCCAAUCCAGCACCUCGACCUCCCAAAGCCUUAACCAACCACCCGCACCUGGAUCUACUCUACUUUCAACCCUUUCUCCCCUCCCCACUGGCCCGAGACCUAUUCCAGUUCCUGCGAAACGAACUCCCCUUCUACCGCGUUCGAUAUACCAUCCGGCGCGGUGGAACAGAAACAUCCAUCAACACGCCAAGAUACACGACUGUUUUUGGGGUUGACGAUACAUCGACAUUUGUUAUUGAAAACUCCGAAUCUACUAGUUCCAAUUCUGAGACCAGUGUCCAAGACGACACUACAAAUAAUCUACUAGAUCCUCCUCCAGCCAACUCACCAAUAUUGGUCGACAGUAAAACACGCACUCCUCUCACCGAAUCCAAAUCCAAAUCCAAAUACCGAUGCAGGCCUCGACCCAUCCCGCCGUGUCUGGACAUUCUGCGCCAAGCAGUGGAGAAGGCCACGGACGAUGGGACCAGAUAUAAUUUCGUCCUGGUGAAUUACUACGCCACAGGGGACGAUAGUAUAUCGUACCAUUCGGAUGAUGAGCGGUUCUUGGGCCAGAAUCCCACCAUUGCGUCCUUAUCGCUUGGCGCGGGGAGAGAUUUCCUGUUGAAGCAUAAACCAGCUGCGAAACCGCUCAAGUUUCCCCUCAAGUCCGGCGAUAUGCUAAUAAUGAGGGGCGAGACUCAGUCAAAUUGGUUGCACAGUGUGCCUAAGCGCAAGGGGUUGCAGGGAAGUGCUGGUGCUUUGGGCCGGAUCAAUAUCACGUUUCGGAGAGCGGUGGUGCCUGGUGGUACGGAGAAUUACUAUCGAUAUAAUGUGGGCGAUGGAGAGGUGUAUCGGUGGAGAGAUGAGGAGGGGAAAAUGGUUGCUACUACUGAAUAG